AUGAGCGGAUACGGCUACAACGGCGGCGGUGGCGGCGCCUCUGACGACUACUACGGCGGUGGUGGUCGUCCCUCGCACGGCGGCGGUAGUUCCUACGGUGGCGGUAGCUCUGGUGGCUACGGCGGUCCUCCCCAGUCGAGCGGAUACGGCGGUGGUGACUCGUACGGGGGUCCUUCUCAUAGUUCUGGCGGCUACGGCGGCGGUGACUCGUACGGCGGAGCAUCUGGUGGCUACGGCGGUCCUCCUCAGUCGAGCGGAUAUGGCGGUGGUGGCUCCUACGGGGGUCCCUCGUAUGGAGGUAGCUCCGGUGGUCACGGAGGUCCUUUUCACAGCUCUGGCGGCUACGGUGGCGGUGACUCGUACGGCGGAGCAUCUGGUGGCUACGGCGGUCCUCCUCAGUCAAGCGGAUACGGCGGUGGUGGUUCCUACGGAGGUCCUUCUCACGGCAGCUCUGGCGGCUACGGCGGCGGUGACUCGUACGGAAGCUCCCAUGGUCCCAGCGGCGGCUACGGCAGCAGCUCCGGCGGCUAUGGAGGCUCUUCCUCGCAUGGCCACGGCCGCCAUGAUGACGACUCGGACGACGACUUCAACCCCGCGCUCUCGCACGCGCAGUCUGGCGGCUCCUCGGGUGACAGCAGCCUGUUCAGCAGCGCAUUGUCCUUCAUCAAGGAGCAGAAGAAGAAGAAGGACUACAAAAACGACGAGAUCAAUGAUGAUGAGAUGGUUUCCGCGCACCAGUCGCUGUACGGCGGCGGGUCUGAUGACCGCAAGCACGACUCGAACUCCGUCGGUAUGGGCGCUGCCAUGCAGGCGUUGAAGAUGUUCACGUCUAGUGACUCUGGCUCGGGGUCGGGAUCGAGCUCGAGCUCCGGCGGUAUGGAUAAGAACAAGUUGAUUGGUCUUGCUAUGCAGCAGGCUGGUGAUCUGUGGGAGAAGAAGAACUCUGGUGGUCAGGCUAGCGGCGACAAGCAAUCCGCCGUCAACUCAGCCGCUGAGAUGGCGCUGAAGAUGUACAUGAAGAGCAACGGCAGCGGCUCACAGGGUACCGGUGGCCCUAGCAGCUCUGGUGCUAGUGGUUUGUUGAGCUUGGCGAGCAAGUUCUUGUAA